UUUGUGUGAUAACCAUCUUCAAUGAGGAAGUAGAAGAAGUAGACACUGUGCACGUGUGCAAUCAUGGCUGAAGCGCUCUUUCGUAAACACACGCUUUAACACACUUUAAAAUAUGCAUUAGAAACCGUAUUGCAGAACGAAGUAUUGCCUUUAAGCACGAAUGUCAGACAAAGAAGAGGAGGUUACCAAGCUGGAGGUGGGAGAGGACAUGGUGAAUGACUCCUCCGGAGAGAUGGGGGAAGGAGUGACUGAAGAACUCCAGGAUGGAGGGAGUGAAGACGGUGUAGAGGCUGAGGAGGAAAACGAUGAGGAGAAGUCCACGAAAAAGAAGACUACCCCUGGGAUCGUGUAUUUGGGCCACAUUCCUCCGCGGCUGAGGCCCAAGCACAUGCGGAACAUGCUCAGUUGCUAUGGGGAGAUCGGGAGGAUAUUCCUGCAGCCUGAGGACCACUCGAUAAAGAGGAAGAAGAAGAAGACGGGCAGCAAGGCACGCAGCUUCACGGAAGGCUGGGUCGAGUUCCGAGACAAGCGAUUGGCCAAGAAAGUGGCUGCCAGCCUUCACAACACGCCCAUGGGCGCCCGCAAGAGAAACCAUUUCAGCGAUGACCUCUGGUGCAUCAAGUACCUGCACAGGUUUCACUGGUGUCACCUGAGCGAGCGGCUGGCCUAUGAGCAGACAGUGCGGCAGCAGCGAAUGAGGACCGAGAUCUCCCAGGCCAAGCGCGAGACCAACUUCUACCUGGCCAACGUAGAGAAGAGCCAGAACCUGGACAAGCUGAGGAAGAAGAGGCAGAGGAAGGGCGAGGCUGUGGAGGAGAAGACCUGGGACUUCACGCAGCGACGUACCGAGGACGAGAUCCGCCAGAGGCGCCUCGGCAAACACACUCUGUCCAACAAGAACCUGAGGAAAGCCCAGGACAAGGCCCGGCUCAUCCAGGAGAAGUCCCAGUCCAACGUCUCCCUGCUGGCCAAGAUCUUCAACAGCUCAGCGCCCAAAGACUGACUUUCUGAACUUUUCAGUUCAUAAAAUAUUUACAUUUGUUUUCCUUUUUUUGAAAUACAGACAGUGUAUGAACUUCUGUUAUCGUAGGCUGUGUUGGGUUUUACUGAUAAAGACUUAUCAAAACCAUGCCUUACUAAAACUGAAUCGGAUAAAUAGUGUUUCAUAAUUUUUGCAUAUGAUUACACUAAGGUUUGCUUUUCUACAAGAGUAGAAAAGGUCUGAUCUUGUGGAUUACUAUCCUCAAAUGGAUGCAGUCAUCAUCAUGCUCUUUAUACUUAAUGUAUCAGUGAUGAAAUGGUAAACAUUCCUUAAUACAGCCUCAUUUGGAUCUGUUCUGUUUGAUAUACUGUAAUGGGAAAGGAAACAAAAUUUCACAAAUUGUAAUAUUUAUUACUUUUUAAGGUUUUAUCUUUCAAAUGUCUAAGCAUUUAUUAAAACCCCAUAUAAAACGCAAUCACAAAGGGAAAGUAAGUAUACAUUGGCACUGUUUUUGGUUCAUGAAAUCUCAGACACUGAAAUUAUUCACAAGAAAUAUACAUAACAUUUUUAUCGUGUUUUAUGGGUUGUAUGUAGUGAGUAGUAUGUACAAAUGUAUACUAAUGCAGCUGAUGGUUCUUUGUAAAUUGUACAUGAUGCCUAAAAUCCAAUAAAAAAUAUAGAUUGUAUGCAACAAAAA